AUGUCAUUACCAGUGGAAGAGAGUUCAAUAUUAAAUGCUGACAUAGAAAAUGAUGUCACAAGUAGUCACAGGAACCUAGUUGAUACAGAACCAGUUGAGGAAACAACAGGAUGGAUAAAAUGUCGGACAGUAUUGGGUAUUAUGGGUUUUCUUGGCUUUGCCAAUGUGUAUGCGAUGAGAGUGAAUCUUUCCGUUGCAAUUGUGGCCAUGAUCAACUCCACUGCACCCUUACCAUCCAAUGACUCUUUAGAUGUCUGUCCUUCAUCUCUACCAAGCAAUACAACUAUUCCUCCUAAAUCAGGUGAUUUUAACUGGACAGCUGAACAACAAAGUAUUAUAUUAGGAUCUUUCUUUUAUGGAUAUGUUUUAACCCAGAUACCUGGGGGAAGAAUAGCCGAAUUAUUUGGUGGUAAAUUAGUUUAUGGUGUUGGUGUAUUGUUAACAGCACUUUUUACGAUAUUAAGUCCUAUAGCUGCUUUUGUAGAUUUUAAGUUUUUUAUUGCCGUGCGAGUGUUGGAGGGGUUAGGGGAAGGAGUAACAUACCCUGCUAUGCACGCCAUGCUGGCAAGGUGGAUACCACCCAUGGAAAGAUCAAAGUUUGCUGCAUACGUAUAUGCUGGUUCAAAUAUAGGUACAGUCAUAUCAUUGCCUAUAUCGGGCUGGUUAUGUACCCUUGACCUUGGCGGUGGCUGGCCACUAUGUUUCUAUUUAUUUGGGGGCCUAGGUGUCGUCUGGUUUAUAGUGUGGAUGCUUUUAGUAUAUGACUCACCUCAAAAGCAUCCAAGAAUAUGUCCGAAAGAAGUUGAAUUUAUAACACGAUCCAUUGGAGUUCAGGAGGAAAACCAAACAAUGUCGAUACCGUGGUGCAAGUUCCUAACGUGCCUGCCGUUGUGGGCGAUCCUCAUCGCACAGUGUGGGCAAUCCUGGCUCUUCUACACGCAACUUACUGAGCUACCCACCUACAUGAAUAACAUUCUUCACUUCGAUAUUGUUUCUAACGCCAGACUAUCCGCAUUGCCGUAUCUAACUGCGUGGGUCGCUGGCAUUUUAAUAAGUAUAUUCGCGGAUUGGGUCCUUGUUAAGGGAUGGCUUUCUCGACUUAAUAGUAUGAAGCUUUGGAAUACUGUAGCGUCAUUCAUACCGGCCUUCGGUCUGCUGGGUAUCGCGUGGGCGGGAUGCGACCGUGUCGCCGUCAUGCUGCUACUGAGCAUCACUUCGGCCUUCGGUGGCGCCACCUUCGCAGGAAACCAGAUGAACCACAUCGACCUGUCCCCUCAGUUCGCGGGCACCAUGUACGGCAUCACGAACGCCGCCAGCAACAUCUGCGGUUUCCUGGCGCCCUACGUCAUCGGACUUAUCAUCAGCGACACGCAGCAAACCCUUGGACAGUGGCGUGAAGUGUUCUACUUGGCCGCCGCUAUCGACCUCGGAGCUAAUUUGUUCUAUCUCUUCUUCGCGAGCACGGAGGAACAAGACUGGUCACGACCGGAGGCAGAUGACUUGCCUGUGUCGGUAGACGCGCUCAUGUUCCCUGAGUCGUAGGGCGGAGCCGUCACCGCGCUGUGACACAACAUCCGACACGACAUCCGACACGACACGACAUCACGUUACGACAUCCAAGACGCUGCGAUACGUGCUCGAUAACUUAUUUCCCUGUGACUAUUGUGCUAAAACAUCUCUCCGUGACUUCGCCUACGUGAAAUUCUAAAAGUUAAGUAAUGUCGUUUAUUAUCCUAAGGGGAACAAAAAGGCUUAAAAAGUCUCUUAUGGAACCCUGUGUUUUCAAAUGCUGUAAGUAAUACAACAUGUGUAUUAUCUAGGUGUCAAAUUUUAAUACCAGUAAAUAAUAAAUUUUUAUACAUAUCA